ACCUACAGCCAGGCGUGGCUCCGGAUUCCACUUCCUUCUCACGCGCAUCAUUGAGUUUAACACAUCACCAGAAACUUAGGACACUUUAGCAGUGGUUGUUACUUGGUGUAACUGAACACAGAGAAGGAUCUACUUCAGUAUUAUGGCAGAUAAAGGAUCUUUUCUGACCUCAAUCAUCAUUUUCUACUUGUCCAUCGGAGCCGCGAUAUUUCAGAUUCUCGAGGAGCCGCAUUUAAAAGCAGCUCUGGACGAUUAUAAAAACCACACUGAACAUUUAUUACAGAAAUAUCCCUGCUUAAAAAAGGAUGAUUUGGACCUGAUAAUUGAGAUUGUGGCUGCGGCGGCUGGAAAAGGUGUGACUGUAACAGGAGAAAAAAAAAUCAACAAUUGGAGUUGGGAGAACGCAGUUAUUUUUGCUGCCACAGUCAUCACUACUAUAGGUUAUGGCAAUGUUGCACCGAAGACAUCUGGAGGCCGAUUAUUCUGUAUCCUGUAUGGGCUCUGUGGCAUUCCUCUUUGCCUCACCUGGAUAAGUGAAUUGGGUACAUUUUUUGGUGGCAGGGCAAAGCGCCUGAGUCAGGUGCUCCUCCACAGAAGGUUCACUGUGAAAAAAGUACAGUUCACCUGCACAGUUGUGUUCCUUUUAUGGGGUUUCCUGGUUCACUUGAUCUUCCCGGCUUUUGUAUUCAGUCACUUUGAGGACUGGACUUACUUAGAAGGCCUGUACUUCUCUUUUACCACCUUGACGACUGUUGGUUUUGGUGACUAUGUAGCAGGUGUGAACCCAGAUAAAGAUUACCCAACUCUCUACAAAUUCUUAGUGCAGUUAUGGAUCUGCCUGGGUCUUGCCUGGUUGUCACUUUUCUUCAGCUGGAAUGUGCAUAUGGUGGUCAAGGCUCAUAAAGUCCUGAAGAAAAGAAGGCUGAGACGCCACAGGCUGUCCAUCGAUGAUGUACUGGUAAAAAAAGAAGUAAAGAAAGCCCCAAAGCCAACACCUCUCUCUGGCGUCAUUGACAUCUUUGAGUUCAUGUCUGAGAAGGUCGAAGACUACAGCGACAUCAUCCAAGCCAUCGGCACAGGUAAGAGAAGGAAGAAAAAGCAGCAGGAGGAAGAACUGACACGGUCCAAGAGCUGUAGUGACCUAUUGCAUGGGCUGGUCAUCCCACUCGAUCACUCUCCUCGUCUGAAACGCCGCUUCAGCGUCAGCGUGAACAUGUGCACGGUCAUGUCUGGAGAGUCUACAGAUGGCCUCGACAACAACCAAGAGGAACAGGCACUUCUGAAAGAGCACCAAGGAGACAGUAAAAAUAAGAGAGAAGAGAAGCCUGGACAUUGUGCGGGGGACUCCAGAAGAUCAUACCCAUCAUUCUUUCACCCCUCACGCCCUACCCUUACCACCAGCAACGGAGGAUCAAGAUUCUCAGUGUCCAAAGUAUCAGAAGACCAUUUGUCAAAGAGGAGAAAAAGCAUUAGCUGACAAAGUCUGAUCUACUAGAUCUAAAACCAAAACUGCUUUAAAUCGUGAUUUUUCAGGACACUAUGGCUGAGGUGACACAAGGAGGACCAUGUGAAGAACUCUGAAGACAUUUCAAGACCAAAGAAUGUUGCUCUGAUAUGCGGAUGGGAGCUUUUUCUACCUAAAUCAAGCUGCUAAAGUGUACACUGGUUUCCGCAGUAUUGAAAGACAUGUAGGUAUUACACAGGGUUGUGCAGCCAGUCUGUGACCAAGAUAAGGAUGUGAGGGUUAGCAGAGGAAAUGAAACCGAUUUCCUUCACAGACAUUGGAAAGUUUGAGUGUGUUACUGUGGUUUCAAACAAGGUUGGAUUUUUUUUUUUUUUUAUUCUCAAAAUGACAGCUAGGAGAAAUCUUGAGAUGUUUGGAAUGGAAUACUAGCUAUGAAUGCUGACUGUGCCGUACAAACUGAUUAAAGCACUAUUUUUAAA